CCUAUCUUAAAGCAGUGUGCAGGGAACAGAAGUCAUUUUGAAACCAAAAGCCCAGCUGCAAACAGUUUCUCAUUGGAGUCCUCUAUUGCCACCCUAGAAAAGAGAGAGGAAUCUGCAAAGCUCCUGACCCCAUGCAGAUCCUGAAAGAAGAAGGUGCUGAGUGAAGACCUGGCUUGCAGCUGAGCCCAGAAGGAUUUCUCAAGCAAGUCUUGUGUGUGUCUGUGAGACAGCACCCAUUGGAUGGUCAUCAAAGAUCCAGGCCUGGGACACAGAGGAGCUGUAUUUUGUAGCUCAGACGUGGAGAAGCAGGGACCCCUGAGAAAGUAGGAGACUCUGAAAAGCAGAAGGGAUACCUCAGGUCUGAAAGAUUGCCAUAGACUGAAGAAGAAUGAGGCCAGAUAGGUGCUGACGGGCUAUGAGGGGAAUCUGGAGCUGAGAGUCCCUGCAAUCCUUGGAGAUCAUGGUUGAAAGAGCCCAUCAAGACAUUUCUCCUAAAGGUCAUAGACACAACCCCAAGUCCCAGCCUCCAUGUUGCCUUUUGCCAUUCUUGCAUGGCUGGGGGAAGUGGAAAGGACAGAGAGAGCUGAGCAUCGAGAACCUGCGGGAAGUUGAGCACCAGCUGGAGUCCCAAGGGAAGAUGACUUUGAGGUUAAGAAGUUGUUACAAGCUGGCCCUCGAGAAAUUCCCUCAGGAGCCCCCGUGUGUGCAGGACAAUGCCCGGAUGGUCAUUGAAACCCAGGAGACAAAGCUGAUAUUUGUCUCUGGGGAAGGGGAGUGUGAGAUCAAGGUAUUCCAUACCACAGAAAGUCCCCAGUAUGAAGUGAGUGAGCCCACAAAAGACGUGUAUCUGGCCAGGCUCCUCCAUCAGCCUCAACAGCUGUCUAUUGCAAACCUCAAGGAUGUCAAGACAAGACUAGAGGCCUGCAGUUCUCUGACAAAGGAGUUGAAGAUCUGUUUUGAGGAGGCCCUGAAGGAAUUCCCUCAAGAACCCGAGUGUGUGAGAAACAAUGCCUGCCUGCUGAUCCACGGUGAUGGGAUGAAGCUGAGAUUCAUUUCAGGGGAGGGGGAAUGUGAGAUUACUGUGUCCACAGGGAAACCCCACUACAAAGUCAAGGAACCCACUAAAGAUGUGUUCCUGGAAAGGUUGUUCUCCCGGCCCCAGUGGCUGAGCAAGCAGAACCUCCAGAGAAUCCACAAUGGGCUGGCAUCCUGGGAAGGGAUAAGCACGGAGCUGAGAAGCUGUUUUGACAUCUUCCAGGAGAAGUUUCCCAAUGAGCCAGCAUGCAUCCAAGAGAUUCCCACCAUGAACAUGAAGUGGGAUGGGACAAGGCUGCAGUUCCUCUCAGAUGGAGACCUCACCGUCACCAUCACAUGGCAGGAUGGGAAACCUACCUAUGAGGUCAAUACAAAGACCUGGACAAUGUAUCGGAAGAUACUCCAGUGUAGUAAACAACCUCUGAGCACAGAGAACCUCGAGGAGGUGCGGUCAAAGGUAAGGAGUCUGCAGAAAGUGCCAAACAAGGUCAAAAAUGUGCUGAACGUGGCUGUAGAGAAGUUCUCCAAUGAGCCAAGGUGCCUUCAGGAGAACGCAAGGCUGGUCAUGGAGUGCGAUGUUGGGGAGAUUGUCUUCACCUCCGGGAAAGGAGAGAACAUAGUGGAUGUGUGCUUCACUAAUGGGAAGGUCUACUCUAACGUGAAGGAGACCAUACGAGUGAAGAUCUGUAGGGCAUUCCAAAACAUUGCCCGGAAUCUACUUUCAAUUUUUCUGAAAUAUGUUCUGCCAUAUCUUCCAUGUUGUAUACCAGUCAGUAAAGUGGCUUCAUAGCACUGAGGUGACCCAUCCAGAGUAGGGCUCUUAGCUCCCCUUCCCUGAGCUUGAACCAUCUAGGCCCCACAGUCCUCCCAGAGGUGGGCGAGACCCCAGGACUCCUGCUUCUUGGCCCUCCAGCUCUCACCCUGAAAACUCAUUAGAGGUGGGAAAAACCCAGGUGUCCUGGCUCUUCAGCCCUCCUACUGUCACCUCUGAGAUCUCACAGUCACAGUCAUCCCAUAGUGGAGAGACAACCCAGGAGUCCUUCCUGCCAACCCCUCCUUCUCUAACCCCCUCUCUCCCUCCACAUAUCCCACAGCCCUCCCAGAGAUGGAAGCGAAGCCAGGGGUCCUGGCUCCCAGUACCCAUAUUGGAACAAAGUAGACCCUACUCCCUUCCCGGCGGUGGAAGACAGUCCAGGUGUCCUGAUUCACUGUGCCUACCCCCAUUGUAAUCCAGUAGACCACACUGCCUUCCCCAGGCUGGGAAGUGACCCAGGUAUUCUGGCUCCAAGUCCCCCCAACUCCUUCUUACCUGGUAGCCCACAUUACUCUGGCAGAGCUAGGAGAGAACCCAGGAAUCCUCCCCCCUAUCCCUCCUGUUCUCAACACUUCCAGAUCCCAUCAUCUUCUCAGAAAUGGGAGGAGAACCCUGAAUCGUGGCUCCUAGAGCCCCCCAUUGUAAUCCAGGAGACCCCAGAGCUGGGACAGAGCCCAAGUGUCCAGGAUCCCAUCCCCGCUGUGUUCUAACCCAAUGGACUCCUCUCUCCUCCCACAGCUGGGGGAGAGCCCAGGAGUCCUGCCUCUCAGCCCUCCAGUUCUCACCACCCCCAGAUCCCACUGUCCACUCACAGCUGGGAAGAGAACCCCAGUGUCUUGACUCCCCAACUA